UCUACGUCAAUUGGCAUCUAUAUGGCGCUAAGGUGUGCUCUACUCUGUGGAUUUCGACCAAAGUCGUUAUGCGUUCAUAUUUUCUAGUAUAUAACACGAUAAAGUGGUUCACAAAUACAUACGAAGUCGAUUCGACACCUUUGAAUGAUUAGAAUAUCUAUGAAUGUGCUAUCAGAUAUGAGGAAUUGACAUAAACACGUGUUUCCUGUUGUCCUCGAUGCUUCAGUGAUGCACAGAUUAGACAGUGUUGACAGGCUAACUGGAUUAAGAUUUUUUUUUUAGUUUAAAUACAUUGUAUCCGUUGUAGUGAAUAAGGUGAACGUGAAUGACGAUUAAAUAAGACGAUUAUUAUUAUUGUACGUGUAUUUGUGCAUGUAUAGGGCUCAAUUGUAGAUCACAGGGAAAAUGGUUGCUCCAGAUGCGGUACUGGCAAGGGGCCAAGACGAGCGACAAAGGUUAUCCCUGCAGGAUAUUACAAUUUCGGGAGCCACUAAAUCGAUCUGUUCGCAGCAGUCAUCCUGCUGUGGAGAAAACCACUGCAAGCCAUCGCACUUGCGAAUAUAUCUCCUUGUGGCCGUGCUAUACGGGCUGUUUGCAAUUGACCUCUAUAUAAGCCACAUAGCGAAAUCUACUGAUCACGAACUUCUGCUGCUCGAAAGGAACGAUAUAUCUCCAUAUACUUUCAGUAGCCGUCGGUUUCGCGCCGUCGAACGAAACGGCCGCGUGGGCAACAGUGUGGUAGAUGACUUUGAAGGAUUGGAAUCGUCUACCGAAAAGGUUGUUGAAGCAUUUCAAAAACAGCGAUUUAUAAGCGCCGGGCCUCGGCACGGGCCGAAUUCUGCUGAGCCCAGUGAUGUCAACACGCCUGGUCGACAUGGUAAAACUGCUAAAGAUGACAGUGAAGGUGGGUUUUCGAUAGAGGAGAGGCGUCAUCGAAACCGACGCAGCCCAGAGACGCGCCAACGUCGUAGGAAGUUGCAUUUUGCUGAUGCCACCGCUGGUUUUGCCGCUUCUACGACGGCUGGCAACGAUCAGAUAGAAAUUAAUCUUCAACAAACACGAAGAGAAUCAGCCACAGAAGCAUCGAUGUCGGCGUCUGAUUAUGGCGACACGGCAAACACUAACGGAGGCAAGGAAAACAUAGUGGACAGUAAAAAUGACGAUGUUGACGAUGAUGACGACGACGACGACCUGAUGAGUGUUUGGCCCAUCGACAGCAACAACCACAAAAUCAGGAUGUCGAGGGUGCAACGACAACUGUGUCGGUUAACCAUCGAACGGUGUCCCGACCUGCUACGACAAAUCAUUCGGCUUGAAAACCUCAAUGAUGGGGAAUCUCAGCACGUUGAUUCAAAAUCAGCUGGAGCUUGCCAGUGUUCACCGGGACCUCCAGGACCACCAGGACUACCAGGCCAUUGCAGAGAUCGGGGGACUCGAAGGAAUUUAGGUGGAGGCCGUAUCCGACGUUUCUCUGGCGGACCACCAGGGCCUCCAGGCCCACAAGGGCCAAAAGGCGACAAAGGAGCUAGAGGCCCGCCGGGUUUACCAGCCCUUGACGGACUUCCUGGUCAACCAGGUCUUGACGGAAUGCCUGGAAUGCCCGGGGAAGACGGCACGCCAGGCCGGGAUGGUCUACCUGGUUUAGCGGGCACACCGGGGCGGCCUGGAAUUAACGGGUCAGAUGGUAUUCCCGGUGCUCCUGGCCUCCCUGGUGUUGCUGGUACUCCAGGCACGCAGGGUCCCGUUGGCCCAAAGGGUCGUCGAGGCCCUCCCGGAGCUGAGGGGCCUCCUGGAAUGCCCGGUAUCACUUCCUACACGAUCAACGGAGCUACCGCUGCAAGCCUCAACAUAACAGAUGUGAAGGACGUAAUUGUACCAGCUACAAUUGUGGAGCGUGGAGAUCAGCGUGUUCAAAUUGAAGAAGGAGCGCCCCUUCAGGUGCGUUGCACCGCACAAGGUCAGCCAGAGCCACAGAUAGUAUGGAGAAGACUUGAUGGACGACCCAUCCCAGCCGGUCGGUGGAUGUUAUCAUCCGUUCUUGCGCCUGGUGGAUCGCUCAAUUUUACGCAAACACUCCGUGAGGAUAUGGGCGUUUACGUUUGCCUAGCUGCCAACGGGAUCUCUGCUCCAGACGUGCGAAAGGUUUUCAUCGAAGUAUUAUUUCCACCUUUGAUCAAAAUUGCCAACUGGCUCGUGACUGUUCGAGACGGGGCUUCGGCGCAAUUAGAAUGCAUCGUUGAGGCGUUUCCGAAAGCCUCGAUAUACUGGGUCAAAAGCGACGAUGAACCAGUGAUCCACGACGAUCUAAAAUUUACCAUCUCAGAAGAAUUUGAACCAUUGUCUUCAUCGUCGUCCUCAUUGUCAUCAUUCGGACAGCUGGCCGCCUCACCUUCGACUGACGAUUCGGGAGGAUCAAGCCAGACGGGUUACACCUUCAAGAGCAUCCUUACCGUGGCGUUUGUGGCCGAACGUGAUCUCGCUCAUUAUAAAUGCAUUGCACGCAACGUUAAGGGCACAGCUACAGGUGUUUUUUCCGUUACUCGAAAGAAAUCUAGUGCAACUGGCGGGGGACCCGACGGAGGUGCGGUUGAGGACGUCAAUGAAGCGAUUACGUACAGCGUUUAUGGUGCACCUCCGCCACCGCGGCUAAUUCUUGAAGAGCAGGUGCCACUGGGCGGUAACUGUCCGCUUUGCCCAGAUUGCCCAACGGGGCAUGAGUGUGCCCCGUCUAAUCAGACUCGGCAGCAACAUCGAAUACUUAUUCAGCAACUCAACAAUAACAAGGCCACGUUAGCUCCACCUGUAACAACAUUCCUCAACGUUGUUAAUCUCGAGACGGUCGUCAAUAAGUCGCAUUGGCUUCAUCUUAAACCACGAGACCAAGAAUGCGCUCGCCGACGGCUUGUGUCUAAAGUGGGCAAACCUGUAUUAGUUCGUCAAGGAGGACAGGCUGAAGGUGGCUGGGGCCGCGAUUGUUUUCGGAAAGCUUUUAAUGCCUCUAGAUCAUUCGUCACAUUGGAUAACGAUCCAAAUACUCUUCUUGAAUUUGUCAACGGGAAGCUUGCGAAAAGGCAUGCUCUGCCGUAUCCGUUUCGAGGCAAUUCUCACGUAGUCUAUAAUAACGUGUUCUAUUACCAUCAGAUGAAUACUCGAAGCCUUGUGCGAUACGAUCUUGAAAAUAAAACUUCGGCCGCUCUUGACAUUGAUGAUGUAGCGUUUGGCCGAUCGUCCAGGCUGCUAUACUCAACGCGGCGGAGUCAUGUAGAUGUUAUGGCAGACGAAAACGGCCUCUGGGCGGUAUACGCUUCCGAGAAGUCCACUAACACAAUGGUGCUCAAGUUUGAUGAAUCCUCAAUGAAAGUUGAACGAGUUUGGAACUUAACACUUGACCAUCGGCAGGUUGGCGAGAUGUUUAUCGUGUGUGGAGUUCUUUAUGCUGUGGGCGGUGUAACAGAAGGAGCUACACGCGUGGAGCUCGCCUUUGAUCUCUACCUUGAGCAGACGCUUGCAGUCGGCGAAAGUAUGCCAUCGGCGCUUGCACGAGCUAGGCCAGUAGGGGCACCAGUCCCUAGUAUCAAUAUGGGCUCGAGCGGCCCGGUCAAUCUCAGUCUAAGUAAUCCCUACCGAAACACGACUAUGAUAACUUAUAACCCUGCAGAAAGUGGUCUCCAUUCCUGGGAUCACGGACAUCAACUUUACUAUCCGCUGCUUUUUACUCAACAUGUCCAACAGGCCAAUUCAAUAGGAAGCCUGACGUCCUUAGGAGGAUUCGCAGGACCCCGUUCACCGCAAGGUCCGCAAGGGUUGCGCACGAGAAGAACAGCAGAUUGGUCAUGAUGCAGAAUCAUUUGGAA